GUGCGGAGCGGAAGAGCAUCGCAGCAGCAUGGCAACGCCCUACGCUUCCUACGGCUACCCAACCCAGACCCUUGCCCCUGGCAUUACUGCUGGCCUCCCCACCCAGAGCGCCAUCAUCCCUGAGACCUACACUGUCCCUGUUCAGCAGACUGUGAUGGUUCCCCAGACCACCUAUGUCAACAAGGUUGUGUCUGUUCCUCAGGUUUCCCAGGUCCGCGUUCCCAAGACGGUCAUGGAGACCUACCAGCAGCCGUACCAGGUCCCCAAGAUUGAGUACGAGACCAGGACCAUCCAGAUCCCCAAGCAGGUCUACGAGACUCGCUACCAGACCUACAAGGUCCCCAAGACCGUCUACGAGGACGUCUCUGUGCCCUACCGCGUUCCCGUCUACGAGACCAAGACCCAGAACUACCAGGUCCCCAAGGUCGACUACGAGACCCAGAACGUCACCACCUACACCAACCAGACCGUCCAGGAGCCCGUUCAGGUUCAGGUCCCCGUCACCCAGACUGUUAACACGGUCCAGACGGUGAACAAGGUGGUUGAGUACCAGCCCACCAUCACCAACUCCUACUACCUCCCUGGAACCACCGCCUACCAGACUGGAGUCACCGCUGCUACCCCUGCUGUGCCGCAGUACGGAUACUCCUACGCCUACCCUUAUGGAUCUUACACUGCCAACCCCGCCUACACCUACACCACCCAGCAGCAGGAGAACAGGAGGGAACAGGGCACUUCGCAGCCUCCUUUCUAAUGCGAUAUUAUUUUUGUGAGGUUUUGAGAGAAUAAAAGCGAUAAAAGUGUA